GGAAAGAAAGUGUUGAUUGAUUUUUUUUUUUUUUUUUUACUUUUGAUGCGAUUGUUGGUAGUAUAAAUUUGGGAGACAUAUUUUUACUUGACCAGAAAUAAACAUUCUUCAAGCGUGAACAUGCGGAAUUUUUUUGUUUGUGGAGUUGUCCUACUCGUUCUUGUGUUAGGAAUCUCAAAGGGAGAAGAAUCCGACGAGAACAACGUCAUCGACAAACUCAGCAAGCCAAAAGAUUGCUCAGAGCACUAUGCGAAUGGAAAUUAUGAGAGCGGUGUCUACCAAAUCUAUCCCAACUCCAAAAGCAUCAAUGUAUUCUGUGACAUGAACACUGAUGGCGGGGGAUGGACAGUCAUUCAAAGAAGAGGAAAUUUCACGCCACUUGAAAAUUUCUAUCGAAACUGGAAUGACUACAAGCAAGGAUUCGGAAGCAUCGAACGAGAUUUCUGGUUAGGAAACGAGAACAUUCACGUCCUGAGCACCCAAGUGCCCGUGGAAAUUCGCUUUGAACUUGAAGAUGUCAGAGGAGAAAGACGUUUCGCGAAGUACAAAAGUUUCCACAUCGAUGAUGAAAGCCAGAACUAUACUUUGCACAUUAGCGGUUACAGUGGAGAUGCAGGUGAUGGCAUGAAAUACCACGAUGGCCAAGAGUUCUCUGCCAAAGAUAGAGGAAACUACAGAGCUGCCGUUGCUCUAAAGGGAUCCUGGUGGAUUUUCGAAUGGGCGUACGUCCAUCUAAAUGGAUUUUAUGAUCCAGGUAUGGACGACUUCCAGGCUAUCCACUGGUACAAAUGGUUGGAAAAUGAAGGACUCGCCUUCUGUGAAAUGAAGAUCAGAAAACGUUCGGAGGAGUAAAUAAAAGAACAUGACUGUAAUCAAUAUUAAAGUGUUUGGUUUCGCCUUCGAGA